CUGAUCCUGUUUGCUGAAAUAAGCCUAUGUUUUGAUGCAGAGACAGCAUGCAGACAUUUGAGGAGCUCUCAGACAUUUUCUCUGACCACAACAACUAUCUGACCAGCAGAGAGCUGCUCAUGAGGGAAGGUACUUCAAAGUUUGCCAGUCUGGAGAGCUGCGCCAAAGAUCACCAAAAGCGCACUCACAAGAGACUGCAGCUGCAGAAAGAAAUGGGCGCGAUGCAAGGCACAAUACCGUACUUGGGGACGUUUCUGACUGACCUGACCAUGCUGGACACGGCCCUGCCAGACAUUGUGGAGGGGGGCCUGAUCAACUUUGAGAAGAGGCGCAGGGAGUUUGAGGUGAUCGCCCAGAUCAAGCUGCUCCAGUCGGCCUGCAACAGCUACUGCCUGACUGCAGACCCGGCCUUCCUCCGCUGGUUUAAGAACCAACCUCAACUCAGUGAGGAGGAGAGCUACGCCUUGUCUUGUGAGGUCGAAGGGCUCGGCGACAGCAGCCCGACUUUACCCAAACCUCGAAAGAGCAUGGUGAAGAGAAUCAGCCUAUUGUUUCUUGGGCUAGACAGCAGCACAGCCAGUUCACCAGUCAGAGAGACGCCGCGCUCGCCUCCUGCUGGCAGCUCGGGAGAGAGCAUGGACUCGGUCAGCGUGUCGUCCAACGACUCCAGCGGUCCGUCUGACAACGAGGGGCUCGCCAGUCCGACUCACAACGCCGACUCCAGUCAGAACAAGCUCUCAGAGUCGUCGUCCUGCACCUCGCUCCACUCCAUGGACACCAACUCGUCGACCGCCAGCGGCUCCAUGACUCCCGCCUCGCCCUCGCUGCCCGGUCGCCCCGGCACCCACAGGCGGUCCAUCUCCCUCACGCCCAUGUGCCCCUGCUCCCCGAGCCAGACCCCGGCGUACAACACCCAAGCCCAGGACGCGUGCAUCGUCAGAGUCAGCCUGGAGCACGGCAACGGCAAUCUGUACAAGAGCAUACUGCUGACCAGUCAGGACAAGACCCCGGCUGUGAUAGCCAGAGCCAUGGCCAAGCACAACCUGGAGGUGGAGCCAGAGGAAGGAUUUGAGCUGGUACAGGUCAUCUCUGAGGAGAAAGAGCUGGUGAUUCCUGACAACGCCAACGUCUUCUACGCCAUGAACACUUCAGCCAACUUCGACUUCCUGCUGCGCGCUCGAGGCUCGGCCGGUCGACCCGUGCAGCUGAGGAGCCGCUGCAGCUCCACUCUUCCUCGCGCUCAGCAUCGCUCCAGCCUCUCGGUCAGACUCAGCAAAGUCACGCUGUGACCUCCCACCCCGGUGCUCCCUUGGGCUCUGCGCUACUCUAAUCCAGGCCACUUUGGAUGGUCGCAGUGGGAGGAUUUGUUAAUAACCUAAGAGCUCUGAGUUAUUUAACAUGGACCAUAUGCAUUUCAGUGAGCUCUCCUGUUUUCAGACUCUUCCCAUUUGGGUCUCAUCACAAACUCUGCCAUCAUCACCUUGUCAGCCUUAAUGUGCAACUGUGCAACAGCGACCCCAAGUGGCCUCCGACAGAUUUUUUUUUUUUUUUUCACAGGCGGGGGGGGGGGGGGGGGGGCGCCGCAAACCCCCCCCCCCCC